ACAAAACGCCAAAGCCCUCCUGAGCAACAUACAACGAACAAGGAAAGUCGAAAAGAAGAUGCAAAGAGAUUGCGGUAUCUGAUUUCGCACAAAAUAGCCAAAAUAUUCGCUGAAUCUGAAGUCUAUACGUUUAGAAUAGUGUUUGCCGCAAACUUCCCACAACGGACCGCCUAAAGGCGUUUAGUGUCUGGCGUAACGUUUGUUUGGAAGGUGAAAAAUACAGUGCGAAACAAUGCCGUCGAAGAAGAAAAAAUACAAUGCCCGAUUUCCGGCGGGAAGAAUCAAGAAGAUUAUGCAGACCGAUGAAGAGGUCGGUAAAGUUGCACAAGCGGUUCCUGUUAUAAUCUCUCGAACCCUCGAACUCUUCGUUGAAUCCCUGCUGACGAAGACACUUCGCAUAACCAACGCUCGGAAUGCGAAGACUCUCUCACCGUCCCACAUGAAACAGUGCAUUAUUUCCGAGAGUCGUUUUGAUUUCUUGCGCGACCUGGUGAAAAACAUACCGGACAUCGGCGUCAACGAAGAUCAGCUGUCCGGUUCCGAAGCUGGCUACGGUAACGAAACUGCAGCUUCACCCGCGUCUACAUCCACGUCAUCCUCUUCGAACGGAGGCGGUACGAGUCACAGCGGUGCGACCUUUUCCACGACUAGUGAGCCCAACUCAGGUGGAAUGCAGUUGCAACGAUCGGAAUCAUAUACAUCGGCGGGUAGCAGUAACUAUGGCGGUGUGUUGUCUACACAAAUUCCAAAUCAACCAGCCUCUCACUCACAGCAGCAUCAGUCAAAUAGUGCAAAGCGAGCGCAUAACCAAGCGAACUUCUAUAAAGAAAUAUCGCUCGAUGAAUCCAGUAGUAGUAAUCGGGAAGUACCCCGGAAGCUAACUAGACUGCAUUCGGCACCGGCCGUUAGCGCCACCUCAACGAGUACCGGCCCUAUCAAAAUCAAUAUUCUACCGAACCUGUCGCCGGUUGGGUCGAGCGCCACCCAACAGCAGCUACAAUCGAACAAUAACAGUUCUGGUCCCAACAGUAACAACUAUAAGAUAUCAUUCAAAAUCGAGCCACUCACUCCCGCUGUGGUGCCUCCCGCAAACAUUGAUCAACCCACCAUCAAAAUAGACUACACCAACCUGAAGCUCCCGAUGACGAUUGCAGCAGAACAACCAAAGCAGUCAUCGAACGCCCGCCAUCAGUCCCAACCGACGAUCAAGAUCGAUCUGAGCAGUAUCACAAACUUCAGUUCCAAACCACAGUCAUCAUCAUCAGCAUCUUCAUCACCGGCGCUAACAGGUGGUGGCGUCAUCGUGUCAAAGCAAGUGCCUUCAACGCCAACUGCGCACACUCCCUCAACGCCCUCGACGCCCCUUUCGGCGCUAAGCAAUGCGUCUUCGUCCGGUUCGAGCAGUAAAAACCCCUACAUCUUUCAACAUUCUACUGUGUCCGCCGCGCAGAACGCAUCUGUCCUUGCUUCUUCAUCGCUAGUAGCCACUAGCGGAACUGCGGUCGCUGCCGUUGCUCCUCUUUAUUCCAGCGUUUCCUCCAGCGCGAUUCCAGACAUGGACGAGGAUUACGACGAUAUUUAACUCUACGUAAAGUGUAGCAUUGUGCGCGUAGGCAGCCUGGCUAGUAAGCCUACCUUAUGUAUUCUUACUUUUUCGGGACUCACUCUAUUUUCUUUGCAUUUAUUUGCGAUGGAAACUGCGAUUGAAAUACAGUACGCUCUCGGUA